AGGUGCAGCGGCUCCUUCCUCCUCCUCCUCCCGGAGCUCUGUGGCUCUGAGCGCGGAGCAGAGACGGAAGAAGCCGCAGUGUGGAGCAGAGAUGUUGGUGCACUGAUAGAGCAGUCCGCUGUGUGAUAACAGACAACAGCGGAGCCCCGUGUCCCUCCCGGACUCCCGUAGCGCUGUCCGGAUGGCUGGACACCACUGGGAUGACUGGUUCGAGCGGGAGGAGUUCAUCGGACAGAUCAGCGACAUCCGAGUGCAGAACCUGCAAGUGGAAAGGGAAGUGGUGCAGAAGAGGACCUUCACACGAUGGAUGAAUCUGCACUUAGAGAAGUGUGACCCACCACUACAGAUCCAGGAUCUGUUCCAGGAUAUUCAGGAUGGACACGUCCUCAUGGCUUUGCUCGAGGAGCUCUCUGGCUGUAAACUGCUCCACGGCUUUAAGAAGUCUUCCCAUCGGAUUUUCCGACUCAACAACAUCGCCAAGGUGCUGUCCUUCCUGGAGGAGAGAAAUGUGAAGUUGGUCAGCAUCGAUGCAGCCGACAUCGCUGAUGGAAACUCUUCCAUCAUCCUUGGACUCAUCUGGAACAUCAUCCUCUUCUUCCAGAUCAAAGAGCUGACAGGAAACAUCCGGAGCCAGUUCCCGUCUUCGUCCAGCUUGUCCUCCAUCCCCACCAGUUCGGACUCGGACACGUCCUUCAGCAGCUCCCCGUCAGAGGAGCGACAGUCUGCUGCCAUCACUAUGAGGGAGAACAGCAAGGCUAUCAAGAAGCUGCUGCAGUGGAUCCAAAGGAGAACCCGGAAGUAUGGAGUGGCUGUGCAGGACUUUGGGAAGAGCUGGACCAGUGGUCUGGCUUUCCUGGCUGUCAUUAAAUCCAUUGACUCCAGUCUGGUGGACAUGAGGAAGGCCCUGUUAAGGACCCCCAGGGAGAAUCUGGAGGAUGCCUUCAGGAUAGCUCACUACAGUUUGGGAAUACCACGACUGCUGGAGCCUGAGGACAUGGCUAUAAACACUCCUGAUGAGCAGUCUAUCAUUAUGUACGUUUCCCAGUUCUUGGAGCACUUCCCCGGCAUCCAGGAGUCGGAGGAACCUUCCCAGCUGAUUGAACGAAGUGUCUCCAUGGGUAGACUCAACUUUCGUGACAUCGACUCGGAGCACAUGAGGAAUGGAGCUUAUCAAAGCAGAGUGAAGCAGCGAUCCUACAUGUUCCAAAGGGACACCACUCAACCUCCUCCCAAAGUCUUAAUUUCCUCGGUGUCAGAGGACAGAUGUGUCCUGGAGCCACGUUCCAGGGUGACUGCUGCUCGUUCGUGGUCGAGUGAAGACAUCCUGUCAGACUCGCCCCACGCUGAAGACGAGUCAAACAGUGGGGACGUGAACACCAGAGAGUCUGGCAGAGAUGUCCUACAGGACUUUGGUUCCCCUCAAGAGUCCUUUACGCACUCCCCCUCAUCGGUACCAGAGUCGAUGGUUGGUGACUCUGCCAUCAACUCUCCGGACUCCUGGAUGGAGGGCGAGCUGAACCCUGACAGGUUCUCUGAGAGUCGCAGUGACAGUUCCUUAUAUGACAGUGGGACGGCCUGGGAUGUUUACCGGGCCACACCGGUGGAGGUGACGCCAUACGACGAGGGAUUUAUCUCAUCGAUCGAGGACAGAGCUCCCGAUGAGGCCAUCAUUGAGACAUGCAUUGAUGAAAGGAGGAGCUCUCUGGACAGAUUUGAUAUGCAGACUGAGAAAAACCAAGAGGAAGAAUGGAAGGAAGAAAAGGAGAACGCUGAGACUCUAUACCAGAACCCAGACUCAGGCCAAACAGCUGAUCUUAGAGAAACCAAACAUAUAGAUGAAACUCCACUUCAAAAGGAGGACAUUUCCAGAGAACAAAAGCCAUUGAUUAAACUCUAUGAAGGAGAAAGUCUGGACAGCUCUGCUUCUGGAGAUCUGCUUAAGAAAUCUGAUCAGUUAAACAGGUUUGAGCCCAUCUUCUCCACUGAACCUCCUGAUGACGAAAACCGUGCUGAAGAAAUCCAUCUGAGAGAACAGGAUGGAGGAGAAAGUCACCAGAAUGGAAAGUAUAACGGUCAAUCAGAAUGUCUAGAGCAGACGUCUGAGGAGGACAAUGGAGGUCAGAGAACUGAUGCAGCUCCAGAAGAUGAAGUAGAAGAUGUAAGAAUGAACUCAGAUAGUUUAAAAGAAGGGAAUGGUAACGUAGAUGGAAGCCUAAAGAUUUUAAGAGACUCCACACAGUGUGAAGAAAGCAGCAGCACAGAAACUUUAGAUAAGCAUUCAUUCAAUGGGGGCACAGCAUUCAAACCAAGUCUGAACAUUCCUCUAAUCUCCAUCACCAGUGAGCCAGAUGAACCAGACGAAGAGACAGAACUUUAUCCAGGAAUUUUGGAUCAGGACAAGCAUGACGAUCAGUGGAGAAAUUCAGAAGUCUGGAGUUCUCAAGGUCUGGAGAACAGUGUUGGGAGUAACGAUGAUGUACAAGAACCUCCAGAGAAUCCAUCCAGUUUAAUACCAAAACAUACUAAACCAAUGAGAGACCCAGAAAGUGACUCUGCAAGGGAUCCGAUUGACCAGGAUGGCAGCUUUGGGACAAACUCAAAAGGUAACAGUGAUGAUUUCCUGGAUAAACAGAAUGUUUCGGCUCAGCAUCCUUCUACCAACUCCGACCACCAGCCUGAUGGAUACGGCUGGAAUGACUCUGAUGGACACUGGGACCAUCCAGGGAACCAUAUGGACUCAUUUAAUGGCUUUCAGAACAUUCUGGAUCCAGGUUCUCAGCAGCUGAAUGGUCAAAUAGCAACGCCGUUUUCUGAACCAACAGAAUUAUCCAGAAACUUGGACCAGUUUUCGUCUGACUAUCACAGAAGCUCUCCAACAGAGGACCUGGUCGGCGACCGAAUAGAACCCAUGGACCUGUUCUACCCUGACAAAGAGGAGUCCAUUCUUCCAGAACCGCCUGACACUGAGAUGCAGAGGUGGCCAUCAGUUCUGAGCGUCUCCGCACUGGAACCGGCGCCACCUUCAGACAGAUCAGAGGACCUGCUGGGUGAUGACUUCCUGAGAGGAGGAGAACAUGAACAUACGCCUUCCGACUCGUCUCCAUCCCAGGAGCAGUGUGUGAUGUGCGGAGUGACGAUCGGAGCUGUGCAGGCCGCUGAUGUUUCUGAAGCAGGCAGCAACGAAGGCCCUCUGAGGAUCGACUCCAUCAGACCAAAUGAGACCCACAUCGCUCCAGUACUCCGACACAGAAAAGGAGCUCGCCUUUCCGAGUCCACAGACAAACCUAGAGCUGCACCCAGAACGGCUGAACCUGAAGACUCUGAUUUGUGGUGGAAGGAGAACUGGGAGCUAUGUUUGCUGCUGCUGCUGUGGCUGCUGCUCUACUCCUUCAUGGUUCUUCCUCAGAUGGACCUGAAGACGCUGCCGAGCUUGCUGCUCAACCGAUAAACGCGCACGCACGCACAGCCCAACUAAAACACACAAUAAAAGCAUUGAAGGAACCGGAGCUGAGCUGCCAUCCUCCUCUUCGUCACUCACUCCAGCUUAUAUGAAGGCUUUAUUCUUCUUGUCUGACAGAAUUCAUUUUUUUAUUUACUUUUGUAAAAAAACAAAAACAAAGAAUAUUUUAAGAAACCAUUUUUCUUUGAUGUAAGCAAUGUCAACAAAUGUAAAUUUGCAGAUUCAUAAAGUUCUCAGAGUAAACUAUAAAAAAAGCUGCUGUUUUAAAAUAUAAUUACACAAAUCAGUCACAACAAAGACUCACACAGAUGUAGGGAUAUCAGAGAGAAUAAAAUGUGUUGUAAUUUUACAGAAAUAAUGAACAGAUUUUGUUAAAACAGGUGGGUAAAGGCACCAUCAGGGGCAUUUUUAUUGGAAAAACAGUUUAUCGAUAAAAUUUAAAUUUCUGAAAAUUUAACUUAAAUUGUUAUUUUUUGUCUUUAAUAAAUCCCUGCCUUUUUGCAGGCACAUAAACAUAAACGAUCGUUCAGUUAUCAAUUUUCAAAGUAAGUGUCUGGUUCAUUUUAAUCAUAGUUCCUGUAUGGUUUUUUUUUUUAAUUUUUUUUUAUUGUUUCUUUAAGAUCACACUUCAGAUACUGCUGCUUUAUUCUCACUUCAUUACUGAACCAUCACGGCUGUUCUAAGUGGUCUUAUAAUGAUGCUUGUUGUAAAGUAUUUUAUUUUGAAAUGUUCCUUCUGCAGUUUGUAUUGUUUCCUCUUUUAUGCCAGCUGGAAGCAUGAUUUCUUCCUCCAAGGUUCUCUGUAAUGUUCCUCUCAGACACGCUGAUAUUUUGUCUCUCAGCUCACCGAUCAGCCUCUUUAAAGCUCUAAUGAUUCAUAUCUGCAUGGUGAUAUGCAGAACUAGAACCCUUUGAACUUUAGAGAGUUUUGUUUUUUUGCUGCUUAUGAAGUCUUAAUUUUUCCUCUGUUUAAAAAUGUUUUUUUUUACUGUAAUCCAGUUUGGAGUUUUAAGAGCUAGUUUCAAAGCCUCAACAAAGAAAAAAGUAAAGCUAUCAGACUGAAUUGAAGCAGGUGUGUGUCUGAAGCUAUAACACUGACAGCUUUCUGAUCUGUGUUUAAAAUAUUGAUACUAAAGAUGCAUCAGUGGAAAGAAAGUUUCGACUCACAAGAAUAUGCAACACAGUCUUCUGAAUGUAUAAUAAUGGGUCACAGUUGGAGAAGGUGAAGGUCUCACCUUUAUUCAACCCUGUAAUCCGUCCCAGUUUUUCAGAGGAAGCAUUUUGACGGACCAAAGGCAUAUAUUCACAACCUCUUAAGAUUUCCACUUUUUUUUCAUAUUGCAACCACAAGCUCCAAGUCUUUGAGCAAUACAGGAUUUUGAAAGCAAAGAAAAUAUGUGUAAGAGGUAAUAUACAUGGUUUUCAAAGGUUUUUACAGAUGUAAAUCUGAAAGUUAGAGCUAAUCUGGGUUCAUAUGUUGCAGAACCACCUUUUGCUGCAUUAGGCUAGUGUGUGUCCUUUUUUAUGGCGACAUAGCUCAUGCUACACAAUCAGAAUGGAUAGAGAGGCUCUGCAAACUUAAGUUAUUGAGUCUUCUCAUUCUCAGCAUGAUAUAAGUCAGAGCUCUGACUAGGCCAUUUCAACACCUGAAUAUGCUAAGAUCUAAAGCAUUCCACUACAGCUCUGGCAAUAUGUUUAUGGUUCAUGCCCCUCUGGAAGAUGAACAACAGUCUCAGCUUUUUUUUUUUUUAUUGGUUUUCUUCCAGGAAUGUUGCAUAUUUAUAUC